AUGGAAUAUCUUACUCGGAGUCUUCAAUUGGCAGCUCAAGAUUCUGCUUUCAGAUUUCACCCUAUGUGUAAAAGUCUUAAACUUCUUAGUUUAUGUUUUGCAUAUGAUCUGAUUUUAUUUUGUAAAGGAUCUCUUUCUGCUGUUCGAGUGCUCAAGGAUGCUCUAGGGGAGUUCAGUUCUGCUACAGGGCUCCAUAUUAAUGCUAUCAAAUCUCAUAUAUUCUUUGGGGGAGUUUCUGCUGCUGAUAGACAGAUCAUAGCUGCUGAGAUACAACUUACAGAAGGGACAUUUCCUCUUAAAUAUCUAAGUGUUCCUAUGAGACCAACUAAAUGGAAGCAUGAAGACUGUGACAUUAUCAUCCAAAAAUUCAAAAUGCGGUUACAUACAUGGGCUAUACAUUUAUCCUUUGCUGGCAGAAUCCAACUCAUUCAUUCAGUUCUCUUUGGGCUGAGGAACUACUGGAUGAGCAUUUUUGUGUUUCCCCAAAGUAUUAUUAAGGAAGUUAAAAAACUUUGUCGCAGCUUUCUCUGGGGAGUUAAUGGUAAUAGAAACAAGAUUCACAUGGCAUCUUGGACGAAGGUUUUUCUUCCUAAAGCUUAUGGAGGUCUCGAGUUUAGAAUUGGUUCAGUUUGGAACCGAUCCAUCUUAGCAACGUAUAUUUGGGCCAUUUCUGAGAAGCAUGAUGUGCUUUGGGUCAAAUGGAUUAAUUCUAUCUAUUUGAAAGACUCAAAUUUCUGGUCUUACAAGCUGCCACCUGAUACAAGCUGGUAUUGGAGGAAGUUAUGUAAUUUGAGGGCAAAAUUCAGUUGUGAUGAGGUAAAAGCUGCUGGUGCUUCAGGGAAGUUUCAAACCUCUAAAUUGUACAACAAUACUCUUUGCCAACAACAGGUAGGCUAUCAUCAUACUGUUUGGUGUCAGUUGUCUAUCCCUAAACACAGGUUUCUGCUAUGGCAAGUAGUUAACUCUCAGCUGCUUACCCGAGAUAACAUGCUCAGUUUUUGUGUGCCUCUUGAGUCGCUUAUGUGUCCUGUUUGUGGUAGCUCUGCUUAA